AUGCCCGCCAGGAGGAUCUUACCAUUCACGAAUCUGCUGCAGUCAUUCAGGAGCAGUCGCCGUGGAGGUGAUGAGACCGAGGAUGAGCGCCAACCAUACUCCCGAACUAGACACGCCACCGCCGAUUUCACAGAAGCCGACGAUGACGAUGAAGACGAAGACGAAGACGAAGAUGAUGAUAACGACGACGGCGACGACUCACCCAACGAUGAGGAUCACGGUGGGAGACGCCCCUCAGGCACGGUGUUGCCUCUUUUCUCCGAGUCUCACCUCGAUUCCCUGCCGGUCUACAAUGUCACCCAUACAAUCCGAAUGAUCGUCCAGUCUAGAACUGAGACAGCUCUGACUUGGGACCAGCUGAGGUCACCCCAGGUCUCACAGUUCCUGGUCAAGCCCAUGCAGCAGCAGAUCCGCACCCAACACUUUUCCAGGGCUACCAUAUAUGCGCUCAUGGCAAAUUGCCUGCAGUUUGCCAAGGAGGGGCAGCUCAACCCAGGAAAUGCCGGAACCAGUAGCACCAGGGCCAAGGUCUGCGAGCUGCUAGCCAUAAAACUCCUGAAGGACUACACGACCAGGGAGCUCAUCGAUGCUCUGUCUUAUGAUUUCUAUCCUCUGCAGGGCAUGCCAGGAGCGCCUGGCGUACAGACGCCCCUGACCCCUCGAGACGGGAAGCCAAAGCAGGCUGCGGCGAGGACCUCAACCCUUGAGGUCGCCAUACGUGCUUCUGCCAAGCACUUCCUAGCCCACCCACUCGUAGUACAGCAGCUUGAAGCGAUAUGGAACGGUGCUAUCAGUUUCUAUUCCUCUGCAGACAAUCUGCAUCGACAAAACUUGAGGGAGUCAAUUGCUUCUGCAAGAGGGCGCAGUCCGCAGCGGCGAGAAAAUGAGAGGACGCCUCUUCUUCGUUUCCAGAAGGGAUUGGAGGCGCCCAAGGCCUCCAAUCUGGAUCUGCUGCCGGCCAGGCGAACAGUGUCCCUGUAUGAUCCGCGCAACGCGUCUUUACUCAAGCUCUCCAGACUUCGUGUGCCUCGAUAUAGGCAAUUCUUCUCCACAUGCUCUCUGGCUAUCUUGAUCUGUCUUUUCUUGGCAGUCCUUGUCGAGAGGUCCGACCGCAUCACCAGCCUAGAGUUGGUGUUCUGGUUCUGGAGUGCUGGGUUCAUGAUGGACGAGCUUGUCGGUUUCACCGAGCAGGGCUUCUCGCUUUACAUCAUGAGCUUCUGGAAUAUUUUUGAUCUAGGCAUUCUCGUGCUAUUGAUCAUCUACUACUGCAUGCGCAUCUACACGGUGUUCCUGGUCGAUUCACACACUGGCGUCGACGCCUACGACGUGCUUGCUGCAAACGCGGUCUUGCUGCUACCACGGAUAUUCUCGGUCCUGGAUCACUACCCUUACUUCUCGCAGAUUCUUCUUGCCAUGAGAAUCAUGAGUGUUGAUCUGGCGGCAGUCUUCGUGUUGAUUUUCAUUUCAUGCAGUGGCUUCUUUGUUUUCUUCCUCACAAAUACCAAAGCAGAUGCUGCUGAGGUAGCGUACAAGAUAUUCCAAAUCCUCAUGGGCUUCACUCCGGCGGCUUGGGAUGUCACCAUUCUCAUCACGGUGUUGACUAACUCAUUCAUGUCGAUUGCUUCGAACGCAAAGGAGGAACAUCAAUUCCUUUUCGCGAUAAAUACAAUCGCCAUGGUCAAGGACCAGUCCUUGUUCUCCUACGUCGCUCCCGGUAACAUCUUCGCCUGGAUGUUGAUGCCGUUUCGAUACUUCAUGCCUUUGCGCCAUUUCGUGUGGCUGAAUCGGACCAUCAUCAAGAUAACACAUUUCCCGCUCCUGUUCUGCAUAUUUCUGUACGAGAAGUAUAUUCUCUCUCCAUCGAUGUUCGAGCCGACAGACUUUGUCGAGCACCCGGAACGGAGUCGAGCGAGAGCUCUCUCCAUGAACCCUGUGGGCAGGUCGUCCCUGUUCAGCCCCACCAUCCGGAUCCGAGAAGGUUCGGUAGCUGGGUUUCACCAGGAUCGCGCCCUGGAGGAGGUAUUCCGAAGAACGCCCGACUUCGCCUCGCUACGAACUCAGAGAAUGCACGAGCGUAAGAGGACACAAAAUGCCGUCAGGAACUGGAUGGAUCGAAACGAGACUAUACCUGAAUCACCAAACAACUUCUCGACUGUUGACAGCCGUGCGCAACAGGAUUGGCAACGAAGGCUCAACGGAAGCAAGGAAAGAACGCCUGUUAGACUUCGACAUCUUUCCGAAGUCAGGUCAAUCGUGAGCGACCCGGCAGAACUCAUGUCGACCUUGGAUGACGGGGCGUUGGACGGUAUUGACCGCAGGGAUCACGUGGAACGCCGUAUUCUGAAGGAUCAAGAUGCGGAUGAUGAGCUCGUCACCAAUGACGAAGACGAAGAUGAGGCAGCUACUGUUCCUAGUCGACGGAGUCUUACAAGAUCCCGGGUCGAGGACGACGACGACGAUUAUUUCACGACUCCUCUCGCCACUCGAUUCAACAACCGCAUCAUAUCAACCUCUCUCGGUUCUUCGAAUCGAUCACCUGCACAUCAGCUAGCACCACCUCCCCCGAAACGGGCAGGCAUGCAUAGCCGCACUUUGUCCACCAACACGAUCCUCUUUAACCCACCGAAGAGUGGCCGUCUGCCGCACAAAGAUGAUGAUUCGUCCUCAGGCCCGCAUACAAAGACUCGGUCCCGGCCUCUCAGCAGCCGCCCAACGCCAGCCGAGAGCCCCGCGCCAAGAUCGCCCCGACGUCCCGCCAAUCUUGGCUCUUCCCGUCCCAGACCGAUUAUGCCGCCUCGCGACGGUAUGCAAACGGCCCCACUCAUCAGCCGUUUUACUGGAAUGGCCGCCGACCCGCAUCCUCGUCGGCCAGGGAAGACUCGUCGCAUGUCUUCCUCGGAUCUUCUCGACGUUCAGUCAGAUCUUGCCGGAGUUGGCGCAGACGAUGCAUUUGGAGGCGUCCCGUCCAGCUUCGUCACGCAGAUGGCCAUGGCGACCGGUAUGAUCACACCGGGUGCCGGCCGCGGCAAUGACAAGGCGCAGCGAGAACGCGACAAUGAUCGUGACCGGAUGAGUCGCUUGGUACUGGCGAGGAUGAAAACGCUUGAAGAGGGUUUCUCAGACAUGGUCAAGGAAAUGAAAUCACUGCAGCGAUCUAAUACCGCGCGCAACUCAGCAAGUGAAGGCGGCUCAAUUGUCUGGGAUGGAGAAGGCGAUGGAGUGAGGACUCCAUAUACGAUCUUCGAGGCUGCGGAAAGGAAUGGUGCCGCUGGCGGCGGCGCACGAACAGGCGGAAGAAAUUCCAAGGCCAAUUCGGUCGGCAAGGCCAGCGGGUCGAGACCCGGAAGUCGGAGAGGCGGUAACAAAUCCAACCGCAACAGUGUGAUACUGAGAUCACCUGUCGAGUCGAGCUUUGGUGGCGACUACAAAGGGAAGGGCAAAGAGGUUGAAUCGAGGCGCGAUUACGAGGAUUCUGAGUCCGAUGGCGGUCCCCAGGCCGAUAUAGCGCGGCCGAACAUCACGAGGAAGGGGAGCUCCUUUUGA